GGCGUGUGUGUAAAUGGCGGAUCUUCCCCCUGUGCCUCUCCCAGCCCGUGUGCUCCCCAUUGCACUGGGAGGGGGGUUGGGGGGGGCGCAGCUCCCGCCUGUCCCCACCCCGCGCCUGCCAUUGGGCGGGGAUUUAAAUGCCCGACACGCCCCUGGCUUUUGCGCUUAUUAGCCGGCGCUGGGGGCGGAGGGGGGGGGGUCUAGUGAUACUGAGUCGGUACCGACUCCAGGGCGCGGAGCUGGCUGCCGAGCCCCGGCUGGGACCCCGCUGUGCGAGCCGCUGGCAGACGCGGGGGGGGGCCGCCGCCGAGCUGAUCUCAUCUCCCAGGUUGGGGGCGCGUCUCCCUCGCUCCUCGGAUUUGUCGCUUUGCUUUCUUUGGACAGCCGGGACUUUUGCCCAGAAGUUUGGGGCAGUGGGGAGUGGCUCUACCCGCCGCCUCCCCCAGCCACCCACCCCCAUCUCAGGAUUUUAGGAGCUUAGACGAUCUUCUUUUAUUGCGGGCGUCUAAACUGCCUGCCAGCCCCUCCAGCCGCCAUGGGAAGCCAGGGCUCCAAGGCCGCCAAAGGAGACGUGAUGGCUCAGAAAGCGGCCGACCGUGCUGCGGUGUCUCCCUCCAAAUCAAACGGCCAGGAGAAUGGCCAUGUGAAGAUAAAUGGGGGUGUCUCCCCCAAGGCUGAUGGAGAAGCUCCACCAUUGAAUGGCAAUGGAUCUGCUGAGCCAGGCCAAGAUGAGACCACAGCAGAAUCUGGCAGUGGUGAUGCCAUUGAGCCAGCCCCAGCUGCUGAAGGUGGGGAGGCCAAGCCUGAUGGUGCUGCAGGUUGCAAGGAGACCCCCAAGAAGAAGAAGAAGUUCUCUUUCAAGAAGUCCUUCAAGCUGAGCGGGAUCUCCUUCAGGAAGAACAAGAAAGAGGCUGGGGAUUCUGCUGUGUCCCCUCCCACAGAUGACCAGGACAAAGCAGAAGCCAAAGGAGAGGAGAACCCUACCUGCUCCACUAAUGAAACUGAGCAGACCAGUACAACACAGGAAGGGAAAGCGGAGGCAAAAGCUGCUGCAGUGGACAGCAGUCUGUCUGCUCCUGCUGCUGAGGGGCAGCAGGAAGUGGAGCCUAAAAGGGAAGAUGCAGAAGCAGGGGAAGCCAAGGAGAAAGAGGAGCAGCAGCUGGGAGAAAGCCAGGAGGCUACAGCUAAGCCAGAGGAGUCCUCAAAACCUGUGGAGCCUGAGGCCAGUACACCACCUGCAGGAACUGAACAGAAGGAUGAGUAGAGCCCACCUGACAUUGUCAUAACUUAAAGACUUUUUGUGCCAUCCUCUUCAUCCCAAUAACACUGUGGACCUGCUGCCUUGCCCACACACCUGUAUGGUCAAAGUAGAACUGACACCUACAAUUAAAAUGCCUGAAUUAUUUGUCCCUCCCCCUCCAUGCAGCUCACUGUUGGAAAUCCAGACCAGUUUUCUACCACCACAACUUGGGACUAGUUUGCCUGAAUCCUUUAAAACUGGAGGAAGAUGAUCCUGGACAUAACUGGUAUCUAGUCAGACUCCAUCUAUUACACCAAACUCUGGGCUCUCUCUGCUGACCUACUGUCUUUUCCACUAAUCCUCCAAGCCGCUUUCAAAGUCCAAUAAGCCACUGACUGUUCAAUGGAUUUUUUUCUUGGUUUAAAUUCCUGGUUCUGACUUCAUUUAAAGUAUUUUGGGCUUUUUAUAGAAACAGUUUUAAAAGCUAAUCUGGUUAGUUUUUUUUAUAAUGUCUUACUAUUGGCUUAAAACAAAGCUUGUAAGUCCGCUGUGCUUAAUUUUACUUCUAAGGGGUAACCUUUCUGGGGUGGGGGGAGGGAGAGUACAAGCUGUAUAAUGUGAAGUUUUUUUUCUUCUGUAAAUAAUUUUUAAUGGCCAAAACAUUUGAUUUGCAAUUUUCUAACUCUUAAAUUGUCUGGGUUUCCUUGUAACAUUUGAAAGGAAUAAAUGGUGACCCCUUUCUGGGUA